AUGUUCAAAGAAGCAACACGCGAAGAAUGGAUAGAAGCCCGCAAAGCCCUCCUCGAAAAAGAGAAGGCCCUCACCAAAGCCUCCGACGAGCUCUCCGCCCUCCGCCGCCAACUCCCCCACGUCAAAGUUGAAAAAAACUACACCUUCGAGGGUCCUAAUGGCAAGCUCAAAUUAUCAGACCUCUUUGAAGGCCGCAAACAACUCAUAAUCUACCACUUCAUGUUCACCCCCCCCUCCACCACCGGCUGCAUCGGCUGCUCCUUCUUCGCCGACAACCUCCCUUCCCACCUUGAGCACUUGAACUCCCGCAACACAACCCUAGUAUUGGUAUCCCGCGCGCCCUACAGCCUGAUCGCCCCCUUCAAAAAACGCAUGGGCUGGACGAUGCCCUGGUACUCAUCCUCGGACUCAGAUUUCAACUACGAUUUCCACGCCACGAAUGACCCCGCCGUGGCGCCCAUGAUGGUGAAUUGGGAGAGUGCGGAGGCGCUGAGAGAGAGAGGGAAGGGGGCGUAUGUUGAGGGGGAGCAGAGCGGGGUUAGUGUGUUUAUUGUUGGGCCGGGGGGUGGGGUUUAUCAUAGUUAUUCGACGUUUGCGAGGGGGCUGGAUGGGUUUUUGGGGACGAAUAGUCUGUUGGAUGUUACGCCGCUUGGGAGGCAGGAUGGGGGAGGUUGGUGGAAGUUUCAUGAUGAGUAUGAGGAUGAGUAGAGACGUGCGUGUCUCAUGGGGACUACUGCGAGGAAAUUUUGGAGUGGGGAUGGUAUGAUUCGUCCUUGCUUGAUUGACACAGGGGGACUGUUCAGUAUGGGUUAAUUUAUUCCGUUAAUUUGAAAUGUUAUCCGCACAGAAUUGUUUUUUCUAUACUAAAAUCAUCAGCUACUCGAUAGUACCGUAAUGAGAACCCUGUCC